UCUUUCGCAGUGGUCCGUUUUAAGGACAAAAGAAAAAAGUUCCUUGUUAUGUCUGUAAAGGGUUUCCUCCCAAAAACAAUGCUAGACUGGCUAUUGGGCAAUUUCCCAUACACAAGAGAGAUUGCUCAACUAUAUUUUUGUCUAGAAUCCCAAGUGAUUGUAAUUCUUGGUUCUGACUGGUUUGAGAUUCAUGAUCCUAUGGGCUUCUUUGCGCAAUGAAAAGAGAUAACAGGAUUAUUUUGGCAUGAAUCUCAAAUCUCUAAGGCAGGAUAUAAUGAAGAGCAGCAAGCACGUGCCGAGUUUCGUGGAUCCCUCAGCUCAAGGCAAUAUGGCAAGACUAGAGGAUCCUGUGGGGAAUAUGGGUCCACCAGGGCUUCCCAAAGCAGACAACCCACCCCAGUACUCCCAAGACAAGGCCCUUCCCUUCAGGCAGACCUUCAUGCCUUGCUCCCUCAGUGGAAAAGAGGCUGUGGAUCUUCACUCGCCGUGGAGCACAUCUAGGACCUGUGUAAGAAACGGGGGUAGCCAAGUGGUACAUCAAUCGACCGCAGAGGGGUCUGUAACGAGUCAGAUGAAUUACAGGCCUGAAGAUGUGGCCUUCCCCAUGGACACUGGCUCUCCUGCCGCAAUGGAGGAGCUGGCAGCCAAGCACAAGUUUGCCUACUACAGCAGAAGUCCGAUUGAGCACAGUCCCAGCGCUGCCGGGGUAGUGUCUCCUGUUGCGUUCAGGAAACCUCCAGCGGAGUGCAUGGGUUUGUCCCCCCCAUCAGCAGAAACCUCUGUUGGACUUGCUGUUCCAAAGCCAGUGUACAGACACAGGCCAUGCUGUACCGAUCCAAAGUGCACGGUGGGGCAGAACUAUGCAGUGGAUCAAGGGCUGCACAGGGUUCCCCCUCCAAUGUUCGAGGAAGACUGGGCUGCGCAUUACAGUCACUGGGCAUACCUGCACAAAAAGGAGCAGGAAGCGCUGAUGCAGCAGAGAAUACUGCCAUUUGAGCCUUGCAGAGAGAGGGUACCGCUUAAGGAUGUACCUUCAGAGAGCUACCACGGUCUCAGCCCAGGCAGACUUAGGAGGGCAUCUGCUUUUACUGAGCCAGGCCAUGGCAGCUACCUCUCUAGCCCAGCUCACCCUUUUCUCUCCUCUCCACAAGAGCACUGCCAGCGAUUCCAGAUGCCCCCACAAACGCACAGUGACCUACGCCCUGUGUACGAGCCACUGACCCAAAUGCACUGUGGAAUGCCGACGCGGGUUUACCAGGACCAUCCUCACACUUCUAAGUAUGUGGACGUGUCUCGACGUCCCUUCCUUUACUGCCCACAGAAUAACAUUGAGAUCUACAGGCCAGAAAAUUCUCAUAUUAUAGACAAGCAAGCCUCAGGACAGUGCCCUGUUCCUCAGACUUAUUUCAAUGAUUUGCCAAAGCCCUACUCCAUCAUUCCUCCUGGCCACCCAGCUAUCAGGAACGUACUUGAUUACUCUGCCUAUAGAAUGCACUUAAAUGCUAGCGAAGCUGUGACUCGAGUGAACCCAUUAACGGAGAGGCCGUGUCCCCGUCCUGCCCUGCCGCAAGUAGAUCGACCUCUGGAUUUUUCUUUGCGGCGGGAGCAGAGUGCAGUUUCCCACCGGGACCCUCACGGACCGUUUGGGAGUUUAGGGGCUUUCCAUCAAACGCAGUCUCAAGCCCAGCACAGGGUAGCUGCUGAAAGUCCCGCCUCGAGCUAUCCAGGUCAGGGCCGAGACAGCUUUCCAGCUAGUAGUGUCUGCGAUCACAUAGCUGCUUCCAGAUGCCCUGGCGAUACGUCCAAUAAAAAGCAGAGUUUACACAUUUCAGACAAACCAGCUAAUAGUGUUCCAUUAUCUAAAAGACCCAGAGAGGAAACUGAAAAUAUCUGUGAAGAUGAUAAUUUUUUGGAAAAAGUUCAGAAGUUAGAUAAGCGGCAGACUGAUGAGACGCAGGCACCUUCUUCGCCUCUAAUGCCAGUCAUUAACAAAGUUUUCAGCCUGGCCCCUUACAAAACAUAUCUAGAGGCUGCAGGUAUGUUGCUCCCAGCACAGGAUCCCAGUAUUUCAGAGCUGCCGGCUGACUCGGACCCACCUAAAUCCAAGUCAGAAGCACAAGGCAUGGAUUCGAAAGCAAAUUUAAGUCAAGAUGACCUUAAGACAAAAGCAGUCACAACGCCACCAGCUGUCUGCUGUGAUGCACCUGAAAUUCAAAGUUUAAAGGUGAAAGAAGAAAAACUGGAGGAAGAUGAGGCAUCAUGUCCGUCAGAAAUAGCCAAGAGCCCGAAUCCUGCAAUUAGCCACCAUGCUGCACAAGUCAAGAAAGAACCGGCAGAUUUGGAAUCAGCAGUGUGCGAUGCUGAAUGCAGCGCUGUUGUUAUAAAGACUGACAUUAAACCAGAAUACUUGACAGUGACACCAGAAUUAUCAGAACCCCCUAAGACCGAGCCUGGUGCAGGGGAUCGAGAAGAAACUGUACGCACUCAGAACACUGUUGCAAAGUCCUCUGACCUUCCAAAUAUGUUGCCUUCUAUAUCCCCAGCUCCAUUGCAAACACUGCAGAGCACAUUUUCCCUCAGUAAAAUCCCUCCUCAAUGCCUCAAACUGACAAGCUAUAACAUCGUUGUACCUGAAGUCCUCAGAAGCCCCAUGCCUCCCAUCCCCGAGGUCCUUCAAUCUCCUGCUGAGCCAAAAACAGCAAUAAGCAGUAGCAGACGUGCCCGCCAUCAGUUUAUGGAGCUCCACCAAUCACUCUGCGUGCUUGUGUCACGUUGUGUUUCUCAAACGUCUCGUCAGGAGCUCAGAAGUUGGUUAUCCAGAUUGGACCUUGUUUCUCCACCAACUAAAACCCAGAAGGUGUCGUGCCUUCUGGGUUCCAAGGCCAGGGAAGCGUGGCUGAGGGGUGACGAGACAAUGGCGGCGCUCCAAAAGGUUCUUAGCCAGCUAGAAAAGUACGUAAGGAGUCGUGAGUGCCCCUUUCUUCAUGUCAUUCGAGCAGGGGCAGUGUUCAUUCCCAUGCUGGUGGUGAAAGAGGCCCUGUUUCCUCAAGUGCAGGGCGCAUACAUAGACCAGGUCCUGCAGGAACAUCGGGUUGAGCUGCGUCCUACCACGCUUUCUGAAGAGAGGCAUCUGACUCAGCUCCACAGGCAGUCUUUUUCUUCUAGACUCAGGAGGCUCCUGUCCCUCAAACACCUCCCAGACAUGUAUCCAGAUGUCCUCAACCUCCUCUACUAUGCUAGUGUCUGCAAAUUCCUUGAUUCCACUCAUUCCACUCCUACAGAUGAUGUCCCAAAUAUUACUCAGGAAUAGAAUCCAUCUCCACGUUUAAGAAAGAAUGUGUGGAAUUAUCUGAUGAAAAUGAAAGUUCUUUAGAUGGGCUAGAGGUACGUGAUGUUUCCCUGAGGUCACACCCAUCCCAUACUGUAACGUGCAUGGAGAAUCACAAAGAAGCCUCAGGUCAGAAAAGUCUUGGAGGCAAAGGCAGAGUGAAGAGUGCCUGCAAGAGGGUGUUUUUACGGGACGACAGCUCCUCGUCAGAGGGCGAGUCUGCCGAGGAGUUCGAAAACUGGUGUCCCAUCUCUGUCGAGGAGGCGGGCUGGGAGAACAAUACGGCAGCCUACAGCGAUGAAGACAGUCACGUCGUGGUGAAGAUCGAGGAAGACACCGAGCCUGAGAAUUCCUGGGGGCGACCUUUGACCUCUGAUGACCUCUCGACCGAAAGCAGCGACGCCGAGGUGGAGGCGGUCUCGUGCUCCUACGCGCAGAGCCGGCUGCCUGGCGUCGGUGCGAGAACCGUUCCCACGAGGCGCGCGGGCAUGGUCCUGAAGCUGAGGAAAGUCUACUAUGGCGGACGCCGCCGGGGUCGACUGCCACACUACCAGAGAGUCACAGACCACCCCGAGGCUCAGGACAUGGCACAUAACCGGUAUGGGCAUCACCAGGGGAAAAAGACGACCCACAGAGGACACGCCCCCCAGUACAGAACACGCCUUGCGGCUAGAGACUCCUUCCCCGAAGCGUGUGGGUCUCGAUGUUGCCCUUAUCUCCCUGCCCAGCGGACGUCCAAGCACCGCAGAAGGCGGGGCUUGAGUCAGACCACCAGGAGCACCUACCCUGACCUGGUUGGCAAACGGAUCCGGCACUUGUAUGAGGAGAAUGAUAAAACAGAGGUGUGGUACAGGGGGGUGGUGUUGCGGGUCCACGAGCCCCACGCCAACCCACUCAAAACUGUGUUUGAGGUCAAAUAUGACAGCGAACCGGAGUGGCAGUACUACCUGGAGCUGCUUGUAGACUAUAAAAAAGGGUGGCUUAAAAUUGAGGACUGAUGUUGAGGCUGAGACUGUGAAGGCUUUUUUAUUUUUAUUAAUAAUAAUAAUAAAAUCUGGAUUAUUUGAAUAUGUGAAUAUGAGAAAUGGAUAGGUGUUAAACGAGAAAACCUCUUCAAUGCUUUUCUAUGCCUUGAUAAUACAUGAUCUUUUUUUUUUUUUUAAAUACAUGUUGUGUAACUUUCAAAAUACUUGCGUUUGAUUACUCUGACCCAAGCAUAUUUAAAGUUUUUAACAGCUGCUCUGUCAGUAGGUAAAGUGUUUUUA